AUGUCAGAACCAUCAAAGGACAUCCAGAACUUCCUCAUCAAUCAUUUAAAUUUCACACCACGUCGUCAACUUUUCGAAGAAUUUCAAGAAAAACUUGUAAAAAUUCGAGAUCAACAAGAUUUAGACAGCAAAUCAACGCAAGCUGAUGAACUUCCCCAAAAUUAUAACCUCAAAUUUCUCCAUCAACUGAAUGACUUCAGGCUUAAAAAUGCCCACGAGUGCAUGAGCGAAAUAAAUUGUCGAAGAUUAAAAAAAGAAAAUGAAAAAGUUGAAAAUUUCCUCAAACAUUCUUGUGUCCAUCGAUUCCGACUUAAUGAUCGACUUAUUCCAGUUCCAGUCAAGUCAAAUGAGCUUGGAGAGUCGUUGUGCAUAAUUUGUGGAACAGCUGCUGACUCAAGUGCUUGUCAUCCUUCAAAUUCAAUGAUUAUUAAUGAGUCAAAGUAUGAAAAUGAGAAAAGGAAGCAAGGAAAGCAAUUUUACUGCCUGGAAGGUGUGGCUGCAAAGAAAAAGACAGAAAAUUGGAACAACUCAUUUGCAUUGAAAUAUCAAAAGUUUUAA